AUGAACAGUGUUGAAGAAGGCCCAGUGUGGCAGAACGACAACGAUGUAUCUUCUUGUUUUCUUUGUUCCUCGGCAUACCACCUAUUUAACCGACGCCAUCAUUGCCGGAAAUGUGGGCGAGUUGUAUGUGGAUCAUGUUCUUUACAAGUGGUGAAGUAUUUUCCAAACACGAUGAUUGUCAACAGUGAGGGUGUGAGAUCGGUUGCUACUCCCCAAGAGACUUAUCGUACUUGUGAUUUAUGCGUGGAUGAAAUUAGAAUGAUCCGAAGGGCGCUUUUCAAUUAUGAUAAUGGAACAAGUGGUGAUGUUAGAGGUGGAGGCGGUGAUUCCGAGACAACCAGUACUGCAUCAAGUGUAAGAAGGGAAGAAGUUCAAGAAGGCGAGAGUGCAGGUACGCCUGCUAACGACGUUGACGACGACGCUAGUAGCUUAACUAAACAUACUUCACGGACAACCACCAGGUUAAUUCAUAAGAAUAAACAUCGUCGACAUCUUGAUGUGGAUACUGAAAGUGAGGAGAACCUAUGUCCUGUUUGUGCCCAAGAUUUGUUCAAGUUGUACAUACACGAACACAAGAAGCAUAUUGAAGAUAUAACGAAUGAAGAUUUUGAGAAAUUUAAACUGGAUCAUGUGAAUGAUUGUUUGGUUGCAUUUGAUUUUAAUGGUGACCAUACCCGGAUGUCUCCUAGUAAAAGUCAUACUCGAAAUAAAAUGUUGGUUUAUAAUAUCCCGCCAAUCCCCAAGCCUGUAUUUGAGAAUAUUCCUAAUGAUGAUGAACAAAUCACCCACUCUGGAUCGGUAGAUUCAGCAAUAGAUAAAGAUGGAACUCUGGAGGAGAAGCGAGUCGAGGAAGAACUCGAGAAUGAGUGUGUGAUUUGUUUGGAAGAAUUAAAACCGGGGGAUAAAGUGGGGCGAUUAGAAUGUCUUUGUGUCUUUCAUUACAAGUGUAUUAAAGAUUGGUUUAACAAGAAAGGGUUUGGCGAAUGUCCCGUACAUUUCCUUCACAAAUGA